UGCGCGUAGCCCCUCGAGACCCCCAUAAAGUGUCACCACAGACCGUCCACCCAGACUCCUACACAGAGGGGACACACAGCUGGGGGUAACAUACCGCUCCAGGCUGGGUUCACGUGGGCAGGAUGAGUGCCACAACGUGGAAUUACUUCACUACCAGACAGAAGGUUGUGCUAACCAUUGGCCUAUCUGCAAGUGCUGCAGUGCUGUAUGUCUACUAUAUCAAAUACCGUAACAGGAAAGUUCCCAAAACACCAUGCCCUUCUGAAGGAAAAGACUUGGAGUGCCACAUGAACAUUUCACCCGAUGUCUUGAAAUUGAUUGUAGGAAGAGAGGGCAACAUAAGGAAGAUGCUUCAGAAACAGACAGAUGCCCAUAUUACAGUAAGCCAUGAGCCAGACUAUAAAGGAGAGUAUGAAAUGACUAUCACAGGCAGCUGUACUCAGGUCCAUCAGGCCCAAGAAGCGGUGCACAGAAUCAUGCAGGAGUGUGCAGCCCUGCGAUUGGAGCUCCUACUGCCUGCCAGGUGCUUGUGUCGCAUUAUAGGGCAAGGUGGAGAUAAAAUAAGAUCCAUCAGUAGGAGCUCUGGGGCCAAAAUCUGGUGUGAACCAAAGCUUGAAGAUUCUGAUCUUAUCCAGACCAGGAAAAUCACAAUCACAGGAACCAAGGAGCAGGUGGAAGCAGCCAAGCUCCUGAUCCAGAAGAUUUUAGAAGACGCGGAAAGCAUCCAGAAGACCGCAGCCAAAUCCUCUGCCUUCCGAUGUCACAGGAAGGAAAUCAUUGCUGUGAAGAAGAAAGAUGGACAGAAACAUACAGAGGACCAGAUAGUUGAGCCAGAUGAACAAAGGGCCAUUGAAGGAAAACUGGACAAUGAGACCAGAAAGGAUGGGUCUUAUGAUGAGAGCCCUUGCAGCUCAGAAGUCACUGACACCACUUACAGUGUUUCCAAGUUUGAAGUCCCCAGUCCAGAUUUCAACUUUCGUGUAGACGAGUAUGUGGAUCUCUAUGUCUCUGCCACGGAGAAUCCCCAGCACUUCUGGAUUCAGAUUCUGGGUUCUAGAUCAUCACAGCUGGACAAGCUGACUAGUGAGAUGAGUGAGCACUACCAGAAUCAGCAGAGGUCGAUUGCUGAAAUCCAACUGGGAGACAUUGUGGCUGCGACUUUUUACAAUGACAAAUUCUGGUACAGGGCUGAAGUCCAGGGAUUCCUGGACAAUGGAAAUGUGGAUCUUUAUUAUGUGGACUAUGGAGAUAGCUGGACGACCUCUGUAGAGAACCUGUUUCCACUUCGAAGUGACUUCCUGAGCCUUCCCUUCCAAGCCAUUGAAUGCAGCCUGACUGGCAUCACCCCUGUUGAUGGUAAGUGGACCGAGAUGUCAUUGGAUGUAUUUGAUGAACUGACGCAUUGUGCAAAGUGGAAGCCAUUAUGUGCAAAGAUUUGCAGCUUUCCUUCUCCGGGAGUCUCUCGGUGUUUCCAUAUCCAGUUGUAUGACACGUCCACGGAACCGAUACUGGAUAUAGGACCUGAGCUGAUCAAACAAGGAUUUGCCAUUGAACAAAAGGAGAGUUCUUUGCAAGGAGAUGAGGAGGAGGAGGAGAAUCUUGUGUCACGGCUCCUGGAUGAGGUCACCAGCCUCUCAAUCGAUCCCCAGUCUUUUAGUUUUUCAAGUCGGUUGGAUGAGCAGCGCCUGUCAUCUGAAGUGCUUAUAAGCUCAGGGAGUGAGGAUGAUGUGAUUUUAUUGGAAGACCAUGCAUAAAUCUCCAAGCCGCCUGCCUACAUCAUAUAUUGCCAUGUUGCACGUUGACGUUUCCAAUGUUUACAAGUUGUAUAUAUUGUGUCUGUUUAAUAAACGUUAAUUUAAUCUCUGA